AUGUCCAUCUUGAAUUUACAAAUAGGCCAGUGAGGUAACCAAGUAGCGAGCAAAUUCAUGCAUGAUAUGACUUACCAAUGGGAUGAAUAUUCAGAAUUCACUAGAAGCAAAAUUGUUGAUCAAUACUUCCAGGUUCCAGACAAAGGUAGUCCGUUUCCCAAUAGCGUACUUAUCGAUAUGGAACCAAAAGUUGUAGAUAGAUGAAUAGAAGACUCUUCAAAAUACGAAUUAUGGAAUUAUAACUCCAAAUUCUCCUUCACUAAACAGCAUGGAUCUGGAAACAAUUGGGCAUAUGGUUAUUACCUUUUUGAUACAGAAUAUGGGGAUGAAUUACUUGAAAUCAUUAGAAAAAUGAUUGAGAAAAUUGAUUAUCUCUAUGGCUUCCUCGUUUUUCAGAGCUUAGCAGGAGGAACAGGGAGUGGCUUUGGAACCCAUCUUGUCGAAGCAAUUAAAAUACAUAACCCAAAGGUGAAUAUGAUGAAUGUAGCCAUCUGGCCAUAUUCUACAGGAGAAGUCAUUCUUCAAAACUACAAUUCAAUUCUUACUAUGUCUCGAUUGAUUCAGCAUAGUGAUGGAGUAAUUUCAUUAUAUAAUGACGAGGAGCUAAAACUGUGAAAAAUUGGAAAGAAAAUUAAGAAUCCUACUUAUAAAGAUAUCAAUACUGUUAUUUCUGAAAAACUUUUGUCAGUAUUUUUCCCAUGAGCUAAUACUGAAGAGAAGCAUCCAGCUUUGAGAGGGUUUGAUACAAAUGAUAUAAUCAGUCAUUUAGGAAUUUUACCUCAAACUAAUAUGCUAACAAUGAAUAGCUAUCCUCUUUGUCCUGAUGACUCAAAGCAGUUCAAUGCACUUACUUGGGCUGGGCUACUUAACGAAGUUAGCAGAAGCUUUCAAAAUAACUCACGAGACUCUUCCAAAUGGGCCAAAUCAUUUGGAAACAUUAUGUAUAUGAGAGGAGAAGAGGUUUAUAAAUAUAAUGAUUACUCCCUCAUGGAAGAUCCAAAUCUUUACCGUGAAGAUAUCACCACCGGACUCAAGAUAUUAAAAGAUUCUUAUUCUCUCCAUGGCCAUGAAAAAUCGUGAACUGUUCUCAGUAAUUCAAGCCAGAUUACAUAUCCUCUUGAACAGGCAUUGCGUAAAUCAGUGUUGAUGUUCAGAAACAAAGCAUAUGUCCAUCAUUAUGAAAAAUGAAACUUCACUGAAGAAGACUUCAAAGAAUCUUUCACCGUGGCAAGGGAUGCUUUAUUAAACUAUAAACCAUAAUAUA